UUAAGCAGAUAUAUAUUUCAGUUUAUGUGGAUAAAAUUACUGAUUUGUAUAUAUAUGUGCAUUACGUUCAAUGUUUGUGUUUACUUUGAUAUGGACCAAUAACUGGUGCAAUGUGAGAGGAAUACGGAGUUAAAUUUUAGGACACUAAAACUGAAGUUUGUGGUCAAAAUACAGAAAUUAUAAGAUUGUCAAUCAGAUCUACAGUCAAGUGUUUACUUAUUACACAGAAUGUCAUCACAGUAUACAGACAGAGGAUUUUCAUGGGUAGUAUUAGGAGCUUCGUUUCUAAAUUUCUUUCUCAUAUCUGGAAUAAUGCGAACAUUUGGGAUUUUAUAUGCAGAACUUCUCCAAACCUAUGAUAAAAGUGCUGGAAACACUGCCUUUCUAGGAAGUCUUCUGUUAUUUGUAAAUUCCCUCGCCGGUCCAAUAUCUGGAUUGCUUAGCAUGCAUUUUUCAUUUAAAUGGUGUACUAUGAUUGGCGGCUUGGUUUCAUGCCUUGGUAUGGUAACCAGUUCUAUGACUCACGAUAUAGAUAUGCUGUAUCUCACGUAUAGCUGUUUAUUAGGUGUCGGAUUUGGACUAUCUUACCCACCUACUUUAUCCAUAAUAAACUUUUAUUUUGAUAAGAGAAGAGCAUUCGCUAACGGAAUUCUUACUGCAUCCUUUGGAUUGUCAAGUUUGAUAUAUCCUACUUUGUACCGGAAGUUGAUAGAUCAUUAUGGAAUACAUGGCGCUAUGUUAAUUCUUGGUGGUUUGUUACUCAACAUUUGUGUUGGUGGGAGUUUCUUCAGACAGCCAAGGAGCUUCAUGCGUCAAAGUGCUCAAAACAAUAGUCCUGACAGUAAACAACUUUUAUCCCACACAAAUGAAGGGAGUAAAAAGAGUAAAUUGACGUAUGCGAUAGACAAAAUCAUUGAUAUGUUUAGAUCAUAUUCUGUUGCUUUAAGAAACAAAUCCUUUUUAUUGUAUUGUUUCGCCAUGUCGUUUGCGUUAGUUGGAUAUUCCUCAAUCUUUAUGAUUCUUCCGCCACACAUUCAAAGCCAGCAGUUUACAAAAGAUGACGCAGUUAUUGUUUUGACUGUAAUUGGAGCUACGGAAUUUGUUGUUAGAUUUUUUUCCGGUAUCAUUAUUGAUAAACGAUGGCUUAGUGUUCAAACGAUGUUUAUCUUGACAAUGUUUAUGGGUGGGAUUUGUGCUAUUGCGUUGACAUUUUUCCGGAGCAUGCCUAUCAAUAUCAUCUAUGCAGUGACUGUAGGAAUUUUUCCUGGAAUUUUACAUUCAUUAAGACCGUUACUGGUAGUCUCCUCAUUAGGAUUGAAAAUUCUACCAAUAGCUUAUCCAUUAUCUACUUUGUUUACCAACUCGGCGUGUUUAAUUGGACAGCCUGGUCUAGGGUGGUUAGAAGAUUAUACUGGUAAUUGGAAAGCUUCGUUUUAUACAAUUGGUGGACUUUUUAUAGCGUCAUCACUUUGUGUGCUUCUUGAGCGAACGUUAGUUAAAAAAACACAGAUUGAAGAAAUGGAAAUAAAGACAGAUGACGUCAUUGAAGGGACGACAAACAACCAGAAAAACAUUGAAAAUAGAGAUUGCAAUGAUGUUGAAACAAGUCUUGUGAUAAAGUGUCCAUAGUCAACUGAAUUUUGCUAGAACUUCAAAUAUGUCGUUUACAUGUAGUAUGGUGGUCAGGGUAGAUUUUCAAAUCGCCUGCAAAUAUCAGUACAGCCAUAUCCUUUAGACUCUGUAUAGAUAAUAAUAGUUACAGAUAUACUGAAUUUUUCCAUCUGAGCUUAAUGAAAUUGUUCUUUAUUUUUUCAAUGUUUUUAGGAAUUUAUAAAUCAGGCUUUUUUAAUAAAGCAACAUUUUUUAAAAAUAUUUAAAGUAUGUUCUUUGUACUUCACAGAAUUCCUAUAGACAAUUUUUGUAUCCUACAUUAAUCCACAUGCCCAGGAAAAACCUAGGCGAGAGAUUUCAGUUUUCAGUAAUAUUUUCAUUAGGGCGCCUUCAUGUUUUUAAUCUUUGCUUACCGUGUUUCAGGAAGUUGUUAAUAGAUUAACACCAGGGCUACAAAAGAAAGAUAUGUGGUAACUAAAGUCAUUGCCAGUUGGUCUUAAAGUAGCAAUAACCCUUCGACAUCUCGCUACAGGAGACAGUUAUCAUUCACUUAUGUAUUUAUUUGGGGUGCCGCACAACACGAUAUCCAAUCUUGUUGUAGUACAAGUCUGUGAAACAAUUAUUUCCGAGUAUGCUGAAGAUGUUAUCAACACACCUACGGAAGAAGCUGAAUGGCGAGCCAUUUUGCAAGAAUUUAGUGAUAUGUGUCAGUUUCAUCAUGUGCUAGGUAUAUAUAUCUUUAUUCUCACAAACCAACAUCCAUGGUACAGAGAUAUUAUAAACAUUGAUAAUAUAACAAAUUGUCAGAAUUAAUACAAGUGUAUGAUCUACAACUAGAAAAAAAGAAAUUCCAGCUUAUAUAAAAACACAUUAUGUAUGUAUACAAUAUGAUAUAAAAGUUAUUAAACAAAGGUGCACUAGAUGGGAAACACGUUGCUAUUAAAUGUAAGGCUGGUGGUGGGUCUAAAUACUUUUAAUUAUAAAGGAUUCAAUUCUAUAGUUCUAAUGGGCUUGCUAGACGCUAAUUAUAAAUUCAAAUGGGUUAACGUUGGCGUACCAGACGCUUGCUCUGAUGCACAAAUUUGGAACCAAUCGACUUAAAAAAUCAUGUAAUUAAUGAGAAUAUUAACAUACCACAAGCAGAGCCUCUUCCGAAUGAUGACAAUUACAUUCCGUACUUCAUCGUUGGUGACGACGGGUUCGCCCUCAGAAGUUGGCUAAUGAAGCCUUUUUCUAGGAGGAACAUAACCCUUGAAGAAGAGUUUUUAACUACAGGUUAUCGCGAUCACGAAGAGUUGCUGAAAAUGCAUUUGGGAUACUUGCAAAUCGAUUUCAAUGCUUACUUUCAACUUUAAAGCAAGAGCCUAAUAAUGUCGAAUCCAUUAUAUCAUUUGAAUGAUAAGUAUAUGAUUUUACUUUUGUUUAUUUAACUUCAAAUGUAUCAAAAAAUACUAUGAUACAUGUUAUUAAACUUAAAGAAAUUCUAUUAAUACCAGUUUACUGAUCUUUUAAAAACAAUGGCACACAUAGGUCAACAUACUAAUGUAUUAAAAUUUUAAAUUUAUCAAUUCAAUAUUUUCGAUAAAUUGAAAAUUUUAAUAUAACACUAAUACAGCAAGACCGACCAAUCAAAAUGAAAACAAAACAACUCACAC